UGUUUGACAGGGUUUUUGAAGUGUGUAACAAUGUCGUCGUCGACGCCGCUAAUACCGCUUGCAACAGAGUCAGCAGCAGCAGCAGCAGCAUCACAGCCAAUACAAACCCCAUUCAUGCCAUCGACUGGUCCACCGACGACGACGACGACGACGACGAGUGGCGGUAAAAAGUCGGCUGCGUCGGGGUUUCCAUCUAUGGUGUGGACGUCUGCCGCAGCGCACCAACAUCGCCCCACCACAGGUCCAACGCCGCCCUAUAGCAACAGCCAACAUCAUCAGCAUGGCCGCACUCACCAUAGUGCUGCGACUGCCGCUGGAAGUGGUGGCGCAAAGCCAGUUCGCAUCGACCCUCCGCCGCGGCAACAGCAGCAGCACCAGCAGGCACAUGCGCACGCUGCGGACGUGCCGCCACUCCUGCCGCUCCCGCCACAGCACCAACGAGUCAAUCCUAGUCAUCAUAGUAAUACCAGCAACAGCAAUAGCAGCAGCAGCAGCAGUGGUAGUGGUAGUCAUCAGGCGCCGCCAAAUGGCAGCUCUCCGUCCGCUCGGUCCACGGCCUCCAAGCUUGCUGCUCCGAUUGGCGCCACGACCAAUGCGUUUGCAACAGCAGACAAGCACACCGAUGCUCAAGAAGCCGCCCUCGGGACCACGCAGGAGGACGCCUCGGGAGUCCACGUCCGCAUCGACGGGAUGGACCGCCGAGCCACCCCAGCCAUCCUGGAGGCCUGGUUUGCCAAACAACAGCUGCCCGUUAAAGGCUGCCGAUUUGCCUACUUGCAGACGUCGCCACGACCUGUCGUUUUUGUGUGCACGGCCGAGCUGGAAGGCGCCGCUGCCGUCUGUCAGGCGCUCCAAGACUUGCCAGCGGCGUUUGCGUUUGAGGAAGCGCAGGGAAGUUUCGAGCCAAACAUUCGCUGCUCGCUCGUCUACCCUGAUCGAACUCCAACCAAUCCUCACGACGGAUUUCGUGUCAAAAUCCGCUUUGUGCGCCGACGGGACGCGCCGGCGCUCGGGCGACGAGAGCUGUUUCUCGAUUUGUGCACUUCUACGUCGGUGCUCGUGUUUGGUGCAUCCCUGCUCGCAUACCUGGAAAACGGCGUCCUGGAAAUGACCGUAGACACGGCCGAUUAUCAAGCUGCGAUCGACCUCAAGACUCAGCUGGACGGCCGGUAUCUGCACAUCUUUGGCGGCACUCUGCAAGUCAUGUUUGUUGACACUGGACCAGACGUGACACGGCUCGCGCGGAUGCACGAACUCCUUGGACAAAGCAGCUCUCCCGACGAACACCAGACCGGCCUUCCACAAGGGGAAGGUGCAUCUGUGUUUUCCUGGACGGCUGCUGCUGCGUCCGAUGCUCGCCAGCCUCCCGUGACGGUUUCACACAAUCACAUCCACACGAAUACGACUAGUUCGUCAACGCUCACCAGCUUCGCCAAGCUGUCCUCUUUCUCAUCGCCACCCGCUCCGCUCGUUCGCUUGUGCGACCUUCCCCAGUCCCUUUCGCCUCCAAUUGUCCUUGACUCCCCUCCGUCCCCUCCUGACAACUCCGGUACACCCCCGGUUGCGAUGGAUACUGGUGCUCAAGCACAUCAGCGUGGCCCACCUGAAGCUGCGCCCGCGGCGUCGCCUUCGCAGCCAUCUCAAAAGAAUGACCUGCGCCCGAACAUCGGAACAAACAAGCGCGGGCAACACCAACAACAACAGCCACAGCAACAUCAGCAACAGCAACGAGCAAAGCAACCACAGGCACCUCGACCCCCGAAACAAGCAGCACAGGCUAAGACCCCUGCGUCGAGCAAUCGGCAACCACAACCACCAAAUCAACACCAGAGGCAUCUGCAGCAGCAGGACCAUUCCCCUACCGAAUCAGCAGCUGCACAGGAAUCCAUCCACGAUGGGCCGACGAUAGUGGAGAAUCUGCGUCGCGCCAAAUUGCUCGAGGAGAACGCUGGCGUUGUCGAUAUGCUGCUACGGGCAAUGGAAUUGACUCGAGAGCCACACCCACAGAGCAGCACCGAAACAACACCUGGGCGAGCAAGGGCCAGUCAAGCCAGCAGCAGCAGCAUCAACAACAGCAAGAACAGUCCUGCAGACAAAAUCCGUCAGCUGGCCCAGUUGCAUGCUGCUCAGGCGGUGCUGUUUGACUAUGUCGGCAUGCUGUCCGCUCAGCAGACCAAUCUUCAGCAGCAACUUGCAGACGAUCUUUCAUCCAAUGCCCAGGUGUUUGGUCACGCCUUUGAGCAGCUGCUGUAUGCCAGCUCGUCCUCGGCGACAACCACCCCCACUCGCGGCGACAAGCGUCCUGCAUCCGAGCCGGUCUCGGUGGAUGCCGAUGCACCGAGCCCUCCUUCCGCCAAAAAGCCGCGAACUGAGGCGGAGGAAAGCGGCGCGUCAACGGCAACCAAUACUUCGCAAGGCGUUUCGUUCCAAAUGUUUGAGCGCGAAAUGUCGGCUCCCUUUGCCCUUUUGCACCCGUCUCUAUCACCAUCCGCCAGGCACAACAUGUUGCUGUCCAUGUACGCUGCAUCCCUCAAAGCAGACGACCCAGCUCGUCCUACCCCCGCGAAAGUCCCGCCUUCGCCACAGCGAUUCACCACAGCGACCGAUAUGACUGGAAACAUCCCACAUCUGUACUUUGUGGUUGAAGAUGGCCAUCCCAAGACCCCUCACGACACGGAGGCAAAGAGCGCCGCCUCGGAGAGCGCGCCCUCUCCGCCAAGAAGCCAAGCUGCUUCGGAAUCUCGUGCGCAACCUUCUGCACCGCCUGCACACCAACAGUCUCACAAGCCAUUCGUGUACGCACCACACCAACCCAAUCCUUCAGCUGCGACGAGCGACCGCCAGCCAAUGUCGAGCACCGGCUCGUCAGAGCCGUCCGCUUCGCAAGCAUCUUCGUCUGCACAGCAGCGCCCAGCACCACACCAAACCGGAGCGACGCCACCACAACCGCCGCUCCAUUCACACGUCUCUUCGAGCAUCCCAGGCAAGCGCGAGGGGGCUCACCCGACGGAUUCGGCUCCGCAAGCAACGCCAAAGAUGCCAGCUGCCCGACCUCCCUCGCAACCUGCUCCACAGCGUCGUCCUGCGCAAGCACCCCCUGCACCUCAGUUCCCUCGGACGUCGCGCCCAGAUACGCGACCCCCGCAGCCUCCUCAACCAGCCGUGCCCGCGACCUCCAACACGUACUACUACCGCAUUCUUGGCCUGCAUGCCAAUGCAACCACCACGGAGAUUAAGCAGCAGUACCAUAGCUUGGCGAGGCGCUGGCAUCCCGACCGCAAUCCCACCGACCACGCAGCUGCAACAGUCAUGUUUCAACGCAUUUGCGAGGCAUACCAAGUUUUGACAGCAGGCCCGCGAGCUGCGCCUCACCACGACCGAUGAAGUGGACUCGGCUCAAAGCGUUACCGUUUGAUACAGUUGGUCCACAAACCGCGCUCGAUAGCGCGCGAUGCACUUUUCAUUCAGUUCGUUAUGUUUAACG